CUCACGCCCUACCUCAACCACAUCGAACAGACCGUCCAGUCGAUGCUCACCAACGACAAGGCAAGACAGACACACCCAUACACAUAUAACCAUCCUUACGUGUGGAUGUGGUCUGUCUGUCUGUGUGUGUCAUUUCUCCGUCAGCUGGGCGACACUGACCGUCUACAUCUGCUCAAGACCCUGAUAUCCCUCAACACGUCCACACAGCCGUUCGAGUCUCAGCGGCAGCUGCUCACCGCCGCCAUCGCCCCCACCAUCCAGCAGCUGACAGACCCCGCCCUACAAAAGGCCGCGGCCUCCCUCCCCGACCUGGUGCAGCUGCUAUUCAGCACAUCGCAGGCCAGGACGGACCCCGCACAGCAAGACAGACUCGUCACACAACGGUAAGGAUGAAAGCAGCCACAGACACCCACCCAUCUCUUCUUCAUCUACCGUCUCUGUGUCUAUCUGUGCAGCGGUGAUCUGAAGCGUCGGCUGAACGCCCUGUCUGUUGCAGUGCGGUGGACCAACGUGCCCUCGUCCAUGGAGGCCGCCAAAAAGGGCGGCUUCCUCCGCGACCUGCCCCCUUUACCCCCAGCAGCAGCCAAUAGCACGACCCCUUCGCCCACUGAGCCUCGCAUCGCCAUCAAGCACCCACUGGACGACGCGCUGGGUGACCUGCUACCGAUGCUCUUCAGCCUUCUCGCUGCCCUACACACUCUCUGGACACCACAGGUGAAUGGCUGACAUGAGAAGCGGCUCUCACACACAUAACACAGGCGUUUGUUGUCCGUGCACGUCAGUUUCUGGAGUCGGCCGAGUAUCGCUGGACGCAUUCCUUCCUCGACAUUGGUGAAGACGACAUCAUCACCAUAGAGGGACCGGGCGUCCGCACACACCCACAGAUCCGCGAGGAGGCCACGCGGCUCUACCCCGGCCCAAGGGACGUCGCCAUGGACUUCGGCUGGGUGAGGGACGCCAGGCGGCAGCUCUUCCACAUCCGGAUCGAGCUGUACCGGCUGAUCGGGAUGCUCAGCCGCAUCAAGGCGGGCUUCUACGGCCACCCACGGCUGGCGCAGCUGCUCACGGGCCAGCU